AUGGCAGCCGGUGACGUGGCCGUAGGGCUCAUCUUCCUGUUGCAGACGGUAGUGGGGAGUGUGGGCAAUCUCUCUCUUCUCUACCUGGUGUCCCUUCCCUUCAAGGGGCACAAAUUACAGUCCACCUACUUGAUCCUUAGGCAUUUGAUUGUUGCUAACCUUUUACAUGUCUUCGGUAGAUCUGUGCCCAACACAACGGUAGCUUUUGAGUUGAAAGGUUCCUUUAGCGACAUUGAAUGCAAACUUUUGUUCUACGCUUCCCGUGUGGGCAGGGGUGUGUCAAUUGGCAGCACCUGUCUCCUGAGCAUCCUCCAGGCAAUCGCCAUCAGCCCCUGGCUCUCCACGAGGUCACAGCUCAAAGCCAAAGCUCUCAGGUGUGCUGGGUCCUUCAUCUACCUGAACUGGCUCCUGUCCUUGCUUGUAAAUGUUCUUUUCCCUCUACAUCAAACUGCAAAAUCCAGGAACACGAACACCACAAACUUGAAAGAUUUUGGAUACUGCUCUGCUGUGCGUCACAACAAAGACACAGACUCACUGCACACAUCCCUGCUGAUGUGCCCCGAUGUGGUGUGUUUGGGGCUCAUGCUCUGGGCCAGCAGCUACAUGGUCUUUGUCCUACACAGGCACCAACAGCAGGUGAGACACAUCCGCAGUACCAACGUCUCCCCAGCGACCAGAGCGACUACCAGCAUCCUGCUGCUGGUGAGUGCCUUCGUCUAUCUCUACGUCCUCUCCUGCAUUUUCCAGGCUUUCCUAGGCCUCCUGCAUGACCCCGGCACAGUCCUGGUGAACGGGGCUGCCAUUGUUUCUGGGUGUUUCCCUACAAUCAGCCCCUUCCUGCUGAUGAGAAGCAACCCCAACGUGUCCAGGCUCUGCUGGGCCUGGACGAGUAACAGAAAACCCACCGCUGUCUGUGGGACUCGUGAGUCUUAA